AUGCCUUCAGUAAAGAGGUCACACAAAACAUUAUCUAUUUUAGAUAAAGUGAAAAUUGUUGAAAAACUUAAUAGAGUUAGUGGAAAAAUAUUAGCUGACAAAUUUGGAAUAGGCACAUCUACAAUUACAGAUAUUAAAAAGAAAAGUGAAAAGAUUAAAAAGUGAGAAAAACCGCGAGAAAGCAUUAUGAGUGGAAAACGAUAUGUAACUCUUACACUUAAGGAUAAGCUUGAAAUUUUAUCUGAAGCUAAAUACAAGCAGAAGUCUGAGCUGUGCAAAAUGUACGGGUGCUCUCUUACCACAUUGAAUAGAAUUUUGCGGAAUGAGUCCGAAAUAAAGUCCAAAGCAUCCAAGUGGAAAUUGUCAAGCAAGCGUGAACGAAAUGGAAACAAUAUUGACGUUGAAAGAGCACUUCAAAUUUGGUUCGAACAAAUGCAAUCAUCUGGUGCAGUGAUUUCAACAAACAUGUUGAUGGAAAAAGCGCAGCAGUUGGCUCAGCAAAUGAAUUGUGAUUUUACCCCAUCGACAGGUUGGUUAUGGCGUUGGCAACAGCGGCAAGGAAUUAAGCUCAGAAAAAUACAUGAAGAGCAAAAAUCUGCGGAUUCAAAUGCGGCAGAAGAAUUUUUAAGUUCAGUUGUACCAAAUAUAUUAUCAGAAUACGAAGAGGCCGACAUUUUCAACGCAAAUGAGAGCGCUUUAUUUUUCAAAGCAUUGCCUCCAAAAAGCCUUUACAAACAGGGAUACUGUAACACUGGUUUCGAGUCAUCUAAGGAGCGCGUAACAUUACUUUUUAUAUGCAAUGCCACGGGUAAUUACAAAAAAGUUAUUAUAAUUGGAAAGGCUAAAAACCCACGUUGUCUGAAAAGCAGUAUAUUGCCCUUAAAAUACUAUUCGAAUCAAAAAGCGUGGAUGACAGCAGAUCUAUGGCAUGAAAUUAUACUUAAUUUAGAAGAAGAAAUGUCUUCACAGAAACGAAACAUUGUUCUGUUUGUAGAUAAUGCGUCUUGCCACAAGAAGCCCCAAAAUUUAAAACACAUAAAUCUACAAUUUUUCCCGGCAAAUACCAAAGCAAUAACCCAGCCCCUACAUCAGGGUAUAAUUCAUGCCUUCAAGUCAUAUUACAGACAGAAUAUUGUUAGAAAACUGUUUGUAGCUAUGGAGCUGGGGAAAACAGUUGAAGAGUUUUCAGAGUCAAUUAAUAUUCUACAAGCAAUGCAUAUGAUAAAGCACAGUUUUGAGAUGGUUAAACCAAUGACUAUUAAAAAAUGUUUUAAAAAGGUAUUAAACUAUCAUAUUUUGUUAUUCAUGUUAGUAAUGCUAGAUGUAAUUUUACAGGCGAAAUUAGUGAAGACGUCCCCCGAAGAUGAAGAUGAUGUGGAAACUGAAAUUUCCGAUGACUUUGAAAUAACGGACAAUUUAAGAGAAGAAUUUGAAGAAUUCGUAACAUGUGACGACAAUGAAGAAUGUAAUGGAAUGCUUACUGAUAUGGAAAUUAUUGAACAUAUUUGGGGUGCGGUUGAAGUUAAGGAGGAAGAGCAAGAACAUGACAGUCCCAAACCUCCAUCUGUUCUAGAAGCUUUAAAAUACAUACAAGAACUUCAGACAUUUUUUUGUGCCGAUAACAAGUUCCUGUGUGAGUUAGAUAAUAUGGAGUCUUAUAUUUUUUCAAGUAAAUUAGAAAAUACACAAAUGAAAAUUACAGACUUGUUCAAGUAA